AUGCAGUCGACCGCAGCACAGGCCGGCCGGCGCUGGCCGCUCGAUUUCAUGCGCACGCCCUGGCCGGCAUUGUCGCUGCUGCAGGAGUUGGAGCGUGAGGCCGCACCACUCAGCUGGCGACACGCUGUGGCGGGACAGCUGCGAGGUGCCGUUGCCUACAUCCACUUCAUGCCCAAAGGAAUGGCGAGGUUCCAUGACAUCGAUGCCUCCCUGACGAGCUUGGAGAAGUACUGGUUCUCUCGAGAGGGCGGCUGGCCCAUCAUCGUCUUCGCCGACGAGGCUUCUGCAGAGCAGCAGGCUGCUAGCUUCUCGGCGACAUUCCCUUUCCUGAACAUUUCGGUGGCCAUCAUAAAGGAGAGGGACCUGACAUGGCCCAUGUCCGAGCAUCCGACUUGCUCCGCCGGCUACCGGAGGGCGGCACGGUUUACUUCCGGGCCUCUGUGGAUGCACGAGGCGCUGGAUGGAUUCAGCCACAUUCUGCUGAUAGAUACCGAGUUCGUGCUGAGCCAUCCGGUUCCCUGGGACCCACUACGGUACAUGUUCGAGCAGAACAGCGACCUGGCCUACUGGCAGACUCACUAUGAGCGGACCUGGAAUCGCACGGUAUACCUCACAGAGGUCUCCAAGCAGUUCAUGCACGGCCGGAACCUCAUGCCGCAGGUUCCCGAGCUCGUGAGCUACUGGUGGGACGAGGGCGAGGUUCCCGGUGGCUCCUUCCCGGUGAACAUCUACGGCUGCCUGUUUGGGGGGUCGAUGUCCUUCUUCCGCUCAAGUCUCUACCAGAGCUACUUCGAGGAGUUGGACUCAUGGCCUGGAUUUGAUGAGUACUGCUGGUCCCCUCAGAGCAUCUUGGCCAUUGCAGCAGCCUUCUUCUUGAAUGACAACUUCAUCACGGAGAUCUGGAUCUAUGGCCGGCACCAAAACAGCAGCAAGACGCCGGACGAGGGCUGGAACGACUCCAAGCGGGGCAUCCUGCCGCAAAGCCAGCGCCCCACACAUCUCAAGUCUUCAGGAGAGUGA